AUUACUCUACGAUGUACUCUUUAUGAAGUAACCGGCAAUAUAAUAUAAUACAAUAAUACGAAAUAUAUUGUUGAAUUGGACAGUCAUCAACGACUACUUUACAGUAUUCCGCCAGAAACCGUGAGGAACGUUCGCGAUUUCUGAAACUAUAAUAAUAUCUGCAACAUAAAGUACUAAAUACAGGUAAAAUAAAAAAUAAAUACAUUUUUUUUUUAUUAUUUUCUUAUGAAUUAUAAUUUUGUAACAAUGUUACUUUGCAUUUAUUAGCAAGAAUUGGAUUUUAUAGCAUUAAAAUUUACUUAUUUAUGCCUCAUAAUAUGUCAUAAAAACAACAAAAAUAAAUUAAUAAAUAAGAAUUGAAAAUUGUUUUUGCUUAUUAUUUUCUAGAAACUUGUGUUCAUACUAAAAUUAAUUUAUCGGGCCGCAAUACUGAGCUACAUAAAAAUAAAUGAUAAUAUAGAUGUUUUAUUUAGUAAAACAGAACUUACAGUAUUUUUCUUAUUGACCUAAUUUCACUUAAAUUGCAACUUUUUUCUAGUAUUUUUCAUUUACUUUAAACGAAAUUUUUAAAAAAAAAAAAAAAAACUUAUCACUAAAGUGCUUCAAAUGCGCAAAUUGAAAUCAAAAUACGAUUUUAUGUAUGAAUCUAUGUAUUAAAUCUUUGUUAGGUACAUAAAACAAAAUAAUAAUACACUUUUCUAUAUUUAUAUGUUUAUCCUAUAAUAAUUAGCAAAAUUUUAUAAAAUCCGUUCUCUACUUAUUAGUAUAACCGGUUCAAAAUAAAAAUGUUCAACAGACUUUUCAUCUUUCUUUUUUUUUUUAAUGAAAUGAUCCGCAGUAAAAACUAAUCUAAUUCUACAUAAAAAUAAUUAUCUAUAAUUAUAAUUGUUAGAAAAACUAUAAAAAAAAUUAGCUAUUUACCUACUUGUAUAUGAAAUAGAUAAAUGGUUUUUUUUUUUUAAGUUUUAUUUAAAACUUAGUUUUUUCUUUUUAAUAAGCGUUUUGAAAUCAAAUUUAAAUGAAAAUCGCAACAAAAAUUACGGCCCUUAAAAUUAUGUAUUAUCGAACUGCGUUCAGAAUCGUCUUUCGUCAAGUAAUGGUUUAUCGUUGCUUACAGAUAUAAUUGAAAUAACCUUAUGUAUCCUUAUAUGUCUACCUUCCCAACUUCUCACUUACAACAGUGGCCGCUCCCAUCCCCAGUAUCAGCUCUUUUUUUUUUUAAUUCAAACAUCAUUUUAUGGUACUUGUCUACAUUUUAAAUAGAUUUAAUCAGGUUAAUAAUAUUACUAUAUAGCUAUUAAGAUAUAACUAUGCAUAACGCUAGAAUGUCUAUAUGUAUCAAUUUUUUAUACAUGGAAUUUUAGAUUAUUCAAUAUUCAUUAAAUACUAUAUUGAUUUUAACUAAUAUUCAUUAAUUUGGUUUAUACUAUUGGUUCUUUUAUUGGUAUUUUGAAUUAUGUAUUAAUAUUUAAAUGUUUACUGUUAACAUAUAUUUCGGUUAAACUGUAUAGAAAAUAUUUAAAUCGAAAAUAGUAAUUAAAUCUUUAUUAUAAAAACAAUACUUUUUUGGCUACUCAUCAAAAAUAAACAAUUACUUAAAUCAAUUAAUUAAUAAAAAAAUAUAAAUAAUUAAUACAUAGUAUACCUACUUGUUUUUUUCCAAUAAUUAUAAAGGGUUUUUAUAUUUUUUUAUUUACGAGGCUUGGACAUGUUAAAUAUUAUAAAAUAUAAUUAUUGUUUAUUAAUAUUAUUAAAAUUAAUUAUAAUUGUUUUAUAUUGUUUGAUAUACGAUUAAUUAAUUUUACAGUUACUAUAAUCGUGAGUACACAUAUUUAAAGUUUGUUGGCCUUUCUUUUUCUUUUGGUUUUUCGUUUACAUAAAGCAAUUUUUAACUAUUCUGAAAAUGAGUAUAAGUAAGUGGGUGGAGCAUAUGAAAUUGGUAAUUCAAGGUUUUUCGAUUGAUAUGUGGUUAGGUACAUACAUUGCGCCGCUAUUGAUAAAUAAAUGUUUAAAAGUGUGGACAAAGACGCGGAAAUUUUAACAUUUCCUGGUCCCGGUCAUAUUGGAUCUGUUAUAAUAUAAUUAUAUAUAAUUUUAAAAUACAAUAAUCUCAUAAACCAAAUUACCACCGCUAGUUACAAACUUUGGAUGAAUAUUAAAAUCGUGUUGCCGGAAGAAAAGUGCAAUUAUUUUUUACGAAAACAUUUUGUAUACAAAUAUAAGUAAUAUUAACUACGUUAAUAAGAAUAUUUAUCAGCGGUCCUCUAUAAUUAUUUUUAGUAGAAUACUUUAUAAAUACUUAUAGUCUAUAGAAUUAUGUGUUAGAUAUAAAUAGAAUAGCCAAUUAUAAUAUAUAAGUAUACAGAUAGGCAUAACCAUUUUUAACCAAAAUCAUACAUUUCCUUUUUGGGUCAAAUCAAAAUUUAAAUAUUUACUUUAUGUUAUGAAUUUAGUAAAGCAUUAAAAAUAUUAAUUAUAAUAUAUAAAAAUAAUAAUAUAAUAUAAUAUAAUUCAUCAGUUCAAUGAAUUAUUCUAUCAGUACCUAUUACAUUUUUGCUAAUCAUGUACAUAUUUUAUUCACAUUUACUGUGUUCAAUGUUAUACAUAUCAAAAAAAUAUUAAAUAUAAAAGUUUAAUUUAUAAAUUAAAAAAAUGUAUUAUUAAAAUUAUUUUUAAGUUAGUACCUAUAUCAUAUACCUACAGUCUUAUAGUUUAAAUGUAUAUAAGUACUAUAAAAACAAUUAUAUAUUUAAUAUAAAAUACGACCGUUGUCUGAUUUUUGCACUGGUUCACUACAUUCUAUAGUAAUUAUUUAAAACUAACUUAACAGAAUCAUACCUAAAAAGACAAACAUACUUCGAAUGAUAGGUGGGUCACUGUUAUAGGUGAGAUGUUCGGAAGGUAGGACCUAUAUCCCGUCUAUAGGGGAAUUUAAUAUAUUUUUGUAUGCAACAAUUAAGUCUUGUGUUGUUUUUCUAUAAGAGCAAUAUUUUUGGUAGAAAACAUAAACCAUAUAAAGUUAAAAUAAAGAAAUCGUGAUGCCAUAAAUUUAUUAGUUUUAAUUUUUUGUGACUUUUUUUAUGGUUUUUUCGGGACAAAACAUAAGAGAAACAGGAAAUUGACGAAAAUAAUCCUUUUAUUAUUUUCAAUUUUGUUAUUUAUUGUAAUUUAGUUAAAAAUAUUCAUAAAAACUUGGAAUUUAGACAAAAACUUAUAUUUACCUUUUCUAGAGGUGGUAAAACUUUAAAACAUUUUAGUUAUGUUUAAACUAUUUAUAGAAAUUUUAAUUGUGUGAGUAAUUUUUUUUGGUAGGUACUCAGUAGACACAAUUUUUAGACUAAACAGAAAUGCUUGAAAAUUGAACAGAAGCUUAAUUAUAACUCGUUUUUUGUGGUAAAAAAAAUGAGUUUAAUGUAGUAUAUUCUUUAAAUAAGAAUUUUAAUAUCAAAUCUUGACAAAAAUUGUUUUAGUAAAAAAUUAUGUAGGAUAAAUCUAAUUGUUGGUCCAUAUAAAUUGUUUCAAUAUAUAUUUAUUUUAUUAUAAUAUGACAUAUAUUGUUGAAAAAGCAAUACUAUUAACCGAGCUUCGCUCAGAAUCGUUUUUCGUUAGAAAUGAUUAAUCAUUGCUUACAGGUAUAUAUUUAGAUUCCUUUCUAUAUCAUACCUUCACAACUUUUUAUCUACAACAGUGUCCACCAAUUGUAUGCAGUGUGUCAGUUUUAUUUUUAUUUUUUUAUUACACACAAGGAUAAGGACUACAAAUAUUUAUUUUAUUUUAGGUUGGCUUUCCUUAUCCGUUAUACACGUUAUUUAUUUUUGUUAUUACAUUCAUUUAAAAAACUUGUUUAUUGUACAAAUUAUUAUGUAUAAAUUAUAGAUUUUUAAUAAAUAAAUUAUAAAAAAAAGUUGAGGUUAAGAAUUUUAAAUACCUUAAUGAGAUUUGUAGGAUCUUUUUAACAAAAGCACAGUAACUUUCAAAAGCAUAUAAAACAUAGGAUAACGUGUGGUUAGAUAAAGUGUAGAAAAGUGUCAGAUGUUUUGUGUUUUAUGUAAUUAGAGAAUUCUAAUGAGACCUAAAGUUAAGUUCUACAGAAGUGAAACUGAUUAUGUUGUAUGAUUACACUCCUAGUUUUGAACGGUAGAUAGAUAAACAGAACAGUGAAUGAGUGUAGUAGAGAUGAUAAUAUUUAGUUGGAUGAGUUGAAUGACGAGAGAAGAUAGGAUAAGGGAUGAGUAGGUAAACAAAAUGUGGCUUCGAUAUGAGCGUAUAGAUAAAACAAGAGAUAAUAGAUCAAGAUAGUUGGAGCACAUCAUGGGGGAGAGGAAUUUGAAGCAAUAAUUAUUAUAAUAGAAAUAAACACAGGAGGAACUAGGUGGAGAGUAAAACUGAAGGAGAGAUGGUUGGAUAUGAAUAUGAUUGAGAAUGGUAAUAGGACAAUCGGUGUUUACGAGGUGGGAGAUCUGAUAAAGUGGAAGCUUAGAAUGAAAGUGGCUGACCCCAAAUAGUUGGAUUAAAGACGGAGGAGAAGAAGAAGAAGAAGAAGAAGAAGAAGAAAGAGAAGAAUUUAAGAAACAAGCAUCUUUAAAAUAUUACUAUUAUUUUUUGUCAACCUUAUUUUUAGGAAUCAAACCACUAUCUAUUUUUGAUUUUCCAAUAGCAACCUGUAUAAAAAAUCCAUGUAUGAAUUAUUAGUUUCCAAAUACCAAAAAUGUAAAAAUAGAAUAUCUCGUCAACGAGUUAAAGGAAUACGAAAAAUUUCAAGGCCAAAAUAUAUUUAAACUAAUAUUCCUUUAAGUUAUGAAAUUUUUAAAAUAGAUAAAAUAGAUUUGAAAAUCAAAAUUAAGUAAUCGUUUCACCCCCAAAAAUAAGUGUGAUAAUAAUCAUGAUAAUAUUACAUUUUAGUGCUGAUUGUUUCUUAAAUUGUUCUUGUACUUUCCGAGAUGUGGGUAAGUGUUCGUGGGACACUAUGUAUAGCAAUAAUUAUCAGACAGUUAUUAAGUUAUAAGAUAAUUUAAUAAUUGAGUUAUUAUAAUAACAAUCCUAUCAUACACAAAAUUUCAGUUGAUGAAUUAAAAAAAUAAUAAUAAUAAAAAAAUUAUAGAGCAAAUAUAUUUUAGGUAAUCGUAGCUUAGAUUAGGUUAUCGUAACCUACAAAGUAAAUAAUAGUUCACCACGGUUAGGAAAAAUAUAUUGAUGUAAGUACUUCUAAUAUAAUAUAGGAACUUAUACCAGGACAUUUUUUUUUGUAAUUGUAUAUUAUUUAUUUUAUCGUUCGUUACUUUAUACGCUUAUAUUGCAGUCAAAACACUACAAUGGCGGUAAACGGAAAAUUAACUAUGAUACUGCUCGUAUCGCUGGCAACUUUCGGGUGUCUAAUAUUGUCGGUCGAAUGUUAUUCGGAUGGUGCGCCAACGGAGGUUUGUGAGGACAUGCUGCCUAAGCACGGAGCACCCGCGCAGACCGGCCCCUCACCCUACACGCUUACCCUGAAUCGUAAAUCAGUGAAACCUGGCGAAUCCGUGACGCUGACACUCGCUGCUAAGGACUCCGGAAAAUUCAAAGGCUUCUUAGUUCAGGCUCGUGACAGCACCGGAUCGCCUAUCGGUUCGUUCAUGCCUCUGCCGGCGUCCAAGACCAACAACGAGUUCAAAGGCAAAUGGAAGCUACUCAGCUGCCCUAAAGGACCGGCUAACGUAAGUUCACUGCAAUAUUAUACUUCUUUUAUUAUUGUAAUAACUUCAUUGUUCUUUUGUAAAAAUACAAAAGAAAGAUCCUAACAAAGUAAACUAUCUCCCUAAUUAUGCAUCACCUGUAUUCAGCAACCGUUUGGAUUUACACAACACAAAUAUUAUUCAGCAUAUGAAAUAUUUUCACUUUUACAUACAAUAUACAUAAUUUAUUUUUUUUCGUGUUGACCUCCGUCGCCAUUAUUAUGUUUUCAUCUACCUUCUCCAUGUCUCCACAUGCCACUGUUUUUUCGUGGCCUCUUUAGCCCCGGCUUCUUACAUUAUUCAGCAUAUACCUAGGUACACUAAUAAUGUUUCAACUUAACUUCUCAAGUUUUCCAUUAAUAUGAUAUCCUAUCAGCACAUCAUAAUAAUAACAAAGUACCUACGAUACUAAAAUGCGUGGAUCUAUUCAUAAUAAUAUAUUAUGCCAUAUACGUAUUUCAUAUUCUAUAUUAUAUGCAAUACGCAUAUUAUAUUAUUACAAGCCACACAUAAAUACAUAUUAUGUACCUAUACAUAAUAUAUAUAACAGUCGUGUACCGCACAAGUUGCCAUUUUGAGAAAAAUACGUUUUUACCUACGUUUCGUAAUCUUUAUUGUGUUAUAUUGGUGGAUAUCUUAUUAAAUAAAUAUUAGACAUGUGUGGAGAGACUGGUUUAUUGAAAGUGAGCCGUCCGUGGUGCAAUGGACAUGGACUGGCUGUCACAACAGGUACCUUAUCAACGAUAUUACAAAUAGAUAUAUAAAAAUAGCUUAACUGAUUUACAAAAAUUUGUUUUUUAUCGUUCUGUCACGAUUUUAACACCUGCGUCUAGCAGGAAUAUAUUUUCAGUUAUACGAAUAAAAAGCAUAGAUAAUACUGCUACUAUACGAAUGCGAAUUAAUAUAUUAAAUUAGGUAUUCGAAAUAAUGUUUUUUUUUUUUUUUUGAAUAACACGAUUUUUACAGGUCUUAUACCAAUAAAAUCAUCAUUAUCAAAAAUUUGUUUUUAUACGUACGGAUUUAAACGUUUAUACAUAAUUAUUCGUAAAAGCAUAUGUCAUAAUAAAAUGCAUAGCUAUUUAAAAAAUGAACAUUUUGUUUCAUGUUUUAUGUCUACCUCUACCUAUAUAAUAUAUUUUAAUAAAUUAUUAUUUUUUGACUACGUUACUUUUAAGAAUACUGCAACACAUGUCAAUUCAAUCGAAAAAUCAAGAGUGAUACUCACGUGGAUCGCACCAAAAAAUCUUUCCCAGAGUUUCAAAUUUUUGUAAGUACCUAUAUUAAUCAUUAAGUAAUAGAUAAUAUAUCGCAUAUUAUAUUAUUGCAAUAAUAAUGAAUGGCAUAUAUAUAGUUGUUUAACGGGUUUUCGAAAUGAAAUAUAAAUUUUACAAUAAUAUUUAUAGGCACUUAUAUUUUAUUAUUCAUUACCUAUACAGGUUUAAACCGGUAUAAAUCGUGUGAAACUGUUGAAAUGUCCUUUAUGUAAUAGAUGGGUACCUAAAUAAAAAAAAAAACGAAUCGACGAAUAACUAAUAUCUCAGGCGCAAAAAGCGUAUUAUACCUAUUACUUACUGCUUUAAAAAGUGUCAUUUUUGUUUUAUUUGACACACAUUUCAUUAUUUUAAUAAUAAUUACCAAGGUACCUAUUUGUACCAUUUGUAUUUUAAAGUUAUGCAACAGUGCGCGUCUCUCGUCGAAUUAGGAUAGGUAUAUUAACCUACACAUUACAUGCGAAAUAUGAAUUAAGAAUUAUGACGAAAUUAUGCCUAUAGGUAUUAAAACUUAUUUUUUGCUGGGUUUUUCGUCAUUCAAACUAUUCAAAGAUGAGUAAUUUUUACCGGGGAGAAUAGGGGAAAAUUGUUCAAACGCAACACUUCGUGCCGCCAUACAAAUAAUGUUCCACAUAUUCUAAUCCUCCCAAAAACUUAAAAGUGGAAUAUCUCGGGUUGACGGAAAUCAUAAAAUUCGAUAUCAAAAUUUAUUCAAACAAAUAAUAGACUGAUUUCUGUUUAAGGAAUAGUUAAUAUAGGUUGCCAUUUUAUAAUAAAAAGUAGGUAGGUAUUAGUUUCACCUCUUAAAAUAAUGGAAAUGUAACAUUAGGUUUAUUCAUAAAAUGACAAAAAAAAGUUGAAAAAAAAGUUAAUACUUUCUAAGAUUAUCGCAAUGAGUAUAUUUUCAUCCUUUUUAAUAUAAUUUUUCUAACAUAAUAAUUUCUCCAAAAACUCAGUUAAAAUUUAGUUAAAAAACUUUCGAACAUUAUAUCAACUUAUACUACUUAUGUCUUAUAUCUAGUAUCGACAUUCAUAUUCACCAAUUACCUUGGUUUUUGUUUGAUAUAUUUAUAUAUAUACACACAUAUUGUAUGUUCGAUUUAAUUUUAAUAUAAAUUAUUGGAAAUGUAAUACAAAAACAAAUUAAUAACCUACUUCUAGUGAAUAAUUAAUUCACUUAAUUCGCCUUGAGUAAAAAACCGGUUUACUCGUGUAUUUCUGAAUAAUUCAAUUUUAACAUAUCAUUCUACUAAUCGUGUUAGAUUUUUCCAUCAAAUUGGUAAUCAAUUAUGUAUUUUUAUAAUAUAAUAAUACACACAGAAGUAUAUUAGUCUAAAUAUAUUUAGUACUACACCACGAUAGUAUGAUACUAUGGUAUUAUAAAAACUCAUAUAGAGUAAGGGUGUAGAUUUAUUUUUCAUUGAUUGUUAAAUUGUUUAAUAAAAUUAUUAGAUAUCCACAAUUUGGUGCACUGAAGCUAAUAAACUCUGGGUUAGGUUAAACAUUAAACAAUGUAUAUAAUAGUUAUUUAUAAAUAGGACUAGGCCGAUACCAUUAACCGAUAUUAAUAUCGGCCGGUAUUGGUACUAUUGGUAAAUCGGCUAUCGGGUGUCGGCUUUUUUUCGAAUCGAUAGUAAAACCGAUACAAUGUAUAAUACCAGUUGCAUAUCAAUUUGUAUACAAUGACGGUAGUUAUAGCGAUAAUGCUAUAGAAACUCCGAACAAAAUCUCGACAAACAACGAUUUAUAUAGAUUACAGGUUUUUUAAAAACUAUAUAGGUUUUUUUUAUAUCGAUUCGUGGAUCCAGAAAAAUAAAUAAAUUUCGGAUUGGUUGACGAUUUUAUAUCAGAAUAUCGGAUAUCGGAAAAAAGUGUUGUGGGCCCAGCUCUACUUAUAAAUACUACUAAAUAUGGGUAAUAACUAAAAUAAAGGGGUUGAGGGGAGUAAGAAAUUAUUGAAUAUUUAUCCCCGCUGAUCUCUUGGGUUAUUUAUUACCUACCCAUCUUUUACAAGAGUAAGAAAAUUGUAAGUAUAAUAUAUAAAAUGUUUCUUACCUGUCCUGUGCAGAACUUCCUAAGUAUAACGGUGUUGAUAUAGAAUACAAGUAUAUUUACGAUUAAUAAAAAGGUAAUUAUUAAAAUUAUUGUGCCCGAAAAUAGGUUAAGAACUAACCAAUCUUAAUAAAUAUUUAAUUUCACAUAAUAAUAUUAAUAUGUAAAAUUUAGAUUACAAUAUUUGCUGUUUAAAAUUAUAUAGAGGUAUCUAAUAAUACCAAUUUAUUGUAAUAAUUAGGUAACUAGUAUAGUAAAGUUAAUCCAAUACUUAAUAAAUACCUAGGUUAGGUUUUUUUAUUUGAUCAAGCUAUUUAUUAAUUAUUUUUAAGCAAAUCAACUGAUCUUAUUCAUUUGAGUAAGGACAUUUAAAACAUAGUUUAUACUCAUAUAUAAAACUAUAAUUGUUUAUGUUAUUUCGUUUAUACAAAAUGUAAUCAAUCGCUAAUUUUUUUUUUAUUAAUUAAUAAAGUACUAAUUUUUAAUUAUGUAUUUUGUAUAGGUACACAGUUGCCAAAAAUGGUGGAGAAUACUGGGUUGGAAUUGAAACCGAAUCCAUUUCUGUGACUAAGUAAAUGAAAUUUCAAGAAGAACUUAUUAUUCGGCACACACACAAAUAAAUUAACACAUAAUUUAUAUUUAUAUUAAUAAUUUAAUGUAUAUUAAUUUACUAGAAUAAUUAUGGUUACACUUACAAUAUAAAUAUGAUACUUAGGUACUAAAUUUUGUGAGCAUUAAUGACUUAUAAUUACCAUUUGAUUGGUAUAUUAUUGUUUUUAAUAGUUACAUAAAUAAAUUAAAUAUAAUAAUUCAUUGUCUAUAAACCUCUACAAUUUAAAACUCUUUGAGAUAAAAA